AUGGGUGACUGGAACCUGCUGGGCAGCAUCCUAGAAGAGGUCCACAUUCAUUCCACCAUCGUGGGCAAGAUCUGGCUCACCAUCCUCUUCAUCUUCCGCAUGCUGAUCCUGGGGGCUGCUGCCGAGGACGUUUGGGACGACGAGCAGUCCGAGUUUGUCUGCAACACGGACCAGCCGGGCUGCAAGGCGGUCUGCUACGACCGGGCCUUCCCCAUCUCCCUCAUCCGAUUCUGGGUCCUGCAGGUCAUCUUUGUCUCUGCGCCCUCGCUGGUCUACAUGGGCCAUGCCCUCUACUGCAUCCGAUCGCUUGAGAAGGAGCGGCACCGCAGGAAGGCCCAGCUGAAGGAGGACCUGGAAGAGUUUGAGCUGGAUUCGGAGGAACAUAGGCGUCUGGAGAGGGAGCUGAGGAAGCUGGACGAGCAGAAGAGGGUGAAGAAGGCUCCUCUCAGAGGCUCUCUGCUGAGAACCUACAUCAUCCAUAUCCUAACACGCUCUAUGGUGGAGGUGUGCUUCAUCCUGGGCCAGUAUGUACUCUAUGGUGUCCAACUGGAGCCCCUCUAUAGGUGCGAGAGGCUGCCGUGCCCUAACAGCGUGGACUGUUACAUCUCCAGGCCCACGGAGAAGACCAUCUUCAUGGUCUUCAUGAUCGCCAUUGCUGGUGUGUCACUUUUCCUCAACCUUCUGGAAAUAUCCCACCUGGGCAUCAGGAAAAUCAAACAGACACUGUUUGGAGAGAGGUACACGGAGGAGGACAGUUUUAUUUACAGGUCCAAGAAGAAGGCGUCUUUACCGCACCUGUGUGUGACGAGUAAUGCGUCGCCUCACAACGGGCCCCUGACUCAGACCUUCAAAGUGAUUCCAGAGGCCGACAUGAAGCCUCCUUACUACAACAGUGGGCUCAAAGCCAACCACGACACCACGAGACACAACAGCCUGGCCUAUGUGGGACACACUCAGACCAACUAUAUCUGUCCCCAACCCAGGAUGCCACCAAGGUCUGGCCAGAACUGUGCAGCCCCUCAAACCCAUGAGGGUAAAGAGGUCCACAUGGCUAUGGUGGAUCACAAUCCAGCCUGGGCUUCUGCUGGAACCAUGGUGGAGGGGAGUGUAACAGGCCUCCUCGGGGACCCUUGUCAGGGAGAACAGACUCACCCCAGACACCUGGAGGCUCUGCUGUCCUCUAGCACCUUUAGGCCCAGCGCCAUCAGAGACCUGGACGGGGACAAUCGAAGGGAGUCUAUGGCAAGCGAGGGGCUGAUCCACAACCCGAGGAAGACCAGCUUCAUGAUCAGGCCUCCGUCCGAGAGCCUGUCCUCCAUCAGUGGCUCCACCAGCCAGUCCUUACAUUCCUCAGAGGAGUCCGAUGAGCUGGGCUCCCUGCAGGGGGACAUGCCCAUGAUGCCGCCUGCCGGAGGCCGGAGGAUGUCAAUGGCAAAGCAUGUUUCUGGAUAUCUCCUCUAUCAUGAAGAAGUGAAGCGUGGAGCCUCACAUCAUGGCGUCGCAGCUGUGUUCCGCAAACUUUAUCAGUGGUCCAGCCGGCAGCAUGGAGUCAUGAUGGGGACAAAGCCAGUGGAGUCAGCCAUGAUGGGACAGCGGACUCAGCGCCCUCAAACUGCAUCUCGUAGCUACUACAAGAGCUUCCCUCUCAUGGACUUCUCUCAGCUCCAGCCGAUGCCAAUCCCACCGAAAGAGAAGUCCUACAUCCACCAGACGGAUUCCUCGCACCGAGACCUCCACGCCCCGCUCUCCAUCUCCAUCCCCAGCAGCCACUUGGAGCAUUCCCACCUCCCAAAAUCCACCACGCUUCCUUUUCUUUCCAGCUCGGCCUUCAAAGCCUGGGAACCCACGCGGUGCCAUGUUCAAAGGCAGGCUUCGGCUCGAGGUUACGCCCCACCCAACCACAUUUCCUCACGUAGACAUGGCUAUUCUACGCGGAGGCAGCAGAGCAUAGAGAACAUGCCGGAUCUCUUCAGCCAGCCCUAUGGAGGCAUGUAUGCGGCGGGACAGGCGCACGUUCAACACCAACCUCAACCUCAACCUUCGUAUAACCACCACCACCACCAGAGGCAGAAGAGCUACAGCACCACCGAGGUGACCGUUUAA